GCCAGUAGCCGCGCAACGGCCAAUGGCAGCGGGGACGAGGGGCGGGCCCUGGUUGUCCCAUCAAGUUAGGCUGAGCUGUAACUAACUGGCGUCGGUACAGAAAGGCGUUUUUUUUGGUUUGUGGGGUAAACGUCGUGGAGAUUCCCGCAAACGAGGGCGGCUCGCUCCACCGACGGGCUUUUUAUUUGUUGCGCACAGAAGGUGUUCGGCGUCUCGGCACCGUGACGUGCCGUCCAGUAGUUCACCAUAUCCAAGAGCGAUUAGGCUUGUGUUUAUGUCUUUGUUUUGUGAAAACGAGCUGUUGCGCAGCCGUUGGCACCUGUGUCGGGGAAACCUAACCAACAAGUGGGGAACUUGCAGCCUAAGUGGCGCAAACUUUUUCAUGUCAGAGACCGAGUACACUUGCAAUUGUUUAUGUCAUCCAUUCUUCUUCAGACAGAAGAUACCAAAAAAUUCCAUUCAAAGAUCUUUUCACUUUACUCAUAAAUCUAAUAGUAAACCAGAAUGGCUGUCAACGUCAACCGCAGUGUUUCUGACCAAUUCUAUCGGUACAAAAUGCCCCGUCUGAUUGCUAAGGUCGAGGGCAAAGGGAAUGGAAUAAAGACAGUAAUAGUCAACAUGGUUGAUGUUGCCAAGGCGCUUAAUCGGCCUCCAACGUAUCCCACCAAGUUUUUUGGUUGUGAGCUGGGAGCUCAGACCCAGUUUGAUUCAAAGAAUGACCGUUAUAUUGUGAAUGGAUCUCAUGAGGCGAAUAAGCUGCAAGACAUGUUGGAUGGAUUCAUUAGGAAAUUUGUCCUUUGUAAUGAGUGUGAGAAUCCUGAAACUGACCUGCAUGUCAAUCCAAAGAAACAAACCAUUGGUAUUUCUUGUAAAGCCUGUGGAUACCGAGGCAUGCUUGACACGCGUCACAAGCUCUGCACAUUCAUUCUUAAAAAUCCACCUGAAAAUGGAGACAGUGGUUCAGCCAAGAAAGAAAAGGAAAAGAGGAACAAGAAGGGCAAAGACAAGGAGAAUGGAUCAGUAUCUAAUUCAGAAUCAUCCACCCACAAUGAGUUUGAUGCUCCAGAGGCAGUGGAUGGUGGUGAUGAUGAUGAAGACUGGUGUGAAGAAACCACAGAGGAAGCCCAAAGGCGUCGAAUGGGUGAAAUUAGUGAGCAUGCUAAAAAUUUGACACUCAGCGAUGACCUGGGGAAACCUUUGGAGGAAAGAGUUAACUUAUUCUACAAUUUUGUCAAGCAAAAGAAAGAAGAGGGCAUGAUUGACUCUGCUGAUAAAGACCUUCGAUCAGAAGCUGAAAGGCUGGAUGUAAUAGCUAUGGGCCCCCUCAUAUUGAGCGAGCUGCUUUUUGAUGAGAACAUAAGAGAACAAAUCAGGAAAUAUAAACGGCACUUCCUGCGUUUCUGCCAUGGUAAUAAAAAGGCUCAAAAGUAUUUACUUGGUGGCUUUGAGUGUCUGGUGAGAAUACAUCGGGAUCAACUGCUGCCCAGAGUUCCACACGUCCUGAAGGAGCUGUAUGAUGCUGAUCUCCUCGAAGAAGAGGUCAUCCUUGCUUGGGCUGAAAAAGUAUCUAAGAAGUAUGUCCCAAAGGAACUUGCCAAAGAGAUACAUGCAAAGGCAGUUCCAUUUAUUAAGUGGUUAAAAGAAGCUGAAGAGGAAUCUGAAGAGGAGGAUGAGGAGGAAGCUGAUGCAGAUAAGGAGGUGGAGGUGGUUUAUGACAGCUCUGCAAGAGAACUGAAAGUGGAAACUGUGAAGCCCAUUAAGACAAAAGAGGAAGAAGAUAUAGAUAUUGAUGCUAUUUGAUAUAUUGCUUACAGGGGGAAAAAUUCACCUUUAGCUAUCUUGCAGUGGAGAAGUCACAGUAAUGAAGAAAUAUUCCUGUAUUGCAACUGCUGAAUUCAGUCUCUGCUAUUCAAAUUCUACAAUGAUAUUGCUCUAGUGACACUUCACUACCAGCACCUACCAAUUAUGAACUCUUUAAGACAGUAUGUCCCAAGUCUAAGUGGUAGAAUUGGUCCUGCUAAUCUAACAGUUGUCUGUAUCACUUUUUCUCAUUGCUAUUGGGUAACAUUUCUGCAUUUACUGCACAUUUAUACAGGGAUGUAAAUUACAAAUUAAAGGGGUUUGUGUUCUGUAUUCUAUCACCUGGGUUUUUAUUCAGUGCAUAAUUGUAACUUGCCAAUGAUUAAUUUCAGGAUUUUUUUACUCCCUUACAAUGUAAAUGGUUCAUGUUGAUAAGGCUGCCUCAACAAAUGCCUAACCAUAUGUAAGACUAUAUUAAUAGGCUAUUUGAUUAGAGGGCAUUGUAACUGAACUUAAUGCCCAAUGAUUAAAAACUAGGUAGCAAAGUCAGUUACUUAAAAUUGAAAAACUGAUCUGUGCAUUAUUGGUAAAACAGACUUGGAUGUUGGGUGAAUGAUUUGUUUAGCAGAGCGGUGUUCUAUUUGUGCCACCAUGUCCAUAUACCAUGAUCUGUUCAGGCCACAUUUGUGUAACUAGCCACAAACUUCAAGUCAGCCAGCAAGUGGAGUUAAAACCUGAUCAAGUAGGUUAUCUAAUAUAAACAAUAGAAAUUCAUUUUUUUGUAGUGUAACAGCUGGUACUGAUGGACAUAAUGUAAUGAAGGUCUCAAACUUUAGGUGGGAUUGCUUUUCUGUGGCAUAGGAAUUAGGUGUUUUGCAGUUACUUGGAAUCAAAAGUAUAAGUAUAUAGCUUAAAUGCACUUUGAUUCUGUGGUCCUUUUCAUUUCCAGUUGUUUUGUUCCUAACCACCUCAUAGCAUGGUAGUUAUUAAAUCAGUUAAUUGUCCCAAUGAUUUUAGAUCUGCCUUGGGCAAUGUACUGAUUUUGCAUUUUGAAUUGCAAUUGUAUUUUUGAAUAAGACCUCAAUUUUAACCAAAACAGCUUGGAAAUCUAUCUUCUUGGAGCUGUCUCAUUGCUGUGAAGCCUUAUGUAACUUUAUAAACUGAUGCAAGGAACUCAAGUGUUGAUUAUUUGUUUCUCUGUGCUUAGAACUAAAUCCAACUUGAUUUGGGGUAUAGCAUUGAUGUAACAUGGUGGCAAAAACUGGGAGAGGAGAAAAAAUAGAUUGAGAUCGAGAGGCUGACUUCAAAUGCUACUUUUUGAUCUGCAGAUGGAAGAUUGUGCGUCCUCCUUAGUUAAAUGUAAUACUCUGGCUACUGGAAUGUGGAUGAUGGCAAAAACAAACUCAUGAAUUUGUUUAAUCUACUUGUGUUGUAAGGUUAGAUGUUCACUACCCAGCCAAAGAUAUCAACUAGAACCAGUGGUCCCACAACUGAUCUCUUCAGCAACUACUGAGAGAGAUCUUUGGGAGUAGGAACUUAGGUUCAAGAUUGGUCUAUCCUACUGAGUCAUACAUUGGUCAGUUUCUUUGUGGCUGUACAUUAGCUUUUAAUGUGAUUUUAAAUCUAUCCUAUCCAACUUGGAAGGCUAUCUCAAUUUCCAAGAGCAAUUCCGCUCUUUCCCAAUUUGGAUGCAGGAGUGCUGUGAGUUGUGGGUGUGUAAGCAGAGUCCAAAUAAGGAAUCAAGUUACACUGCAAGCUAUACUAAAGCCUUUUAAAUUGCCAUGUUGCCUUUUCAAAGGUACCAAAUCCUCUACCUUAGUCUUUUUUGAAAAAGCAGUUUUUUUUCAUUGGCUUCCAGGCUCUGUGAAAAAACUCUUUACUGUGAACAUAUGUAUCAUUAAGGACCUUAAUCAGAUUUUGCUCCUUUGCUUGUCCUGCUGAUGAACAUUUUCACUAAGUUGGAAUUGUCAACUACAAGGACUUGCUUCUUUGAAUAUUUGAUCUUAGCAUAGCAAAGUAAACAUGCACCAAAACAUGGUCACUAUAGCCUUGGCCUAGACAAUUAUCCAUCUGACAAGAAUUAAUCUUGUCGUGUUAGGGACUGUAGUAAGCCCUUAGUUUGAGGAUGUUAUUUUGUAGUGAAACCUGACACACAAUGGCUUUAAAUUUCAGAUAUAAAUGUUGCUGAAUAUCUACAGCCUGGUCUUGACAUAUGUUGAGCCAUCCUUGACUUUGGGUCAUCAGAAUUUCAGAUGAAUCAUAGAGCAUUUGAGUGCAGAACCAGCCAAAAUUCGAUCAAUUUUCAAUUAUCUUCUAAUUUUCAUGUAGAAAAAUAUUGCAUGUAAAUAAAGUUAGCUUUGGUUUCAUGA